UCGCUGUAGGUGGCAGUAACACAGACCGCUGCUGUUCAGUCUGCCAUAAAGCUCCAGCAGCAGCAGCGGCAGGACUGGAGGCCAUUACGGGUUUUUUCUUGCUGGCGUCUCUUUCUCUCUUUCUCUCUCUGCUUCGCGUUUCACACUUCUAACAAAUUAACACAGAAUCUAGCGUCUGUCCCGAUGAAGGAGUUUCGUCCUGACUGACGCUGCUGGGAGAAUGGGGGUACUAAAUAUUUCAGACCAGCCACCUCUGGUCCAGGCAAUAUUUAAUCGGAAUGUGGAUGAAGUUCAGUUAUUUUUGCACAAGAAGGAUGAAGUCAAUGCACUGGACCAAGAGCGACGCACACCUCUACAUGCUGCUGCUUGGUUGGGGGAUGUCCAUAUAAUGGACCUCCUCAUUACUGCAGGUGCGAAUGUCAAUGCAAAGGACCAUGUCUGGCUAACACCGUUACACAGGGCAGCUGCCUCCAGGAAUGAAAGAGCCGUCGGGCUGCUGCUUCGAAAAGGGGCCGACGUGACAGCGAGGGACAAGUUCUGGCAGACAGCACUGCAUAUUGCGGCAGCCAAUCGGGCCACACGCUGCGCAGAAACUCUGCUGCCCCACGUCAGCAGCCUCAACAUGGCAGACCGCACGGGUAGAGCUGCCCUCCAUCAUGCCGCUCAGAGUGGCUGCCAAGAGAUGGUCAAAUUGCUGCUGAGCAAAGGAGCCAGUUUGAGUGCCAGUGAUAAGAAGGAGAGGCAGCCCAUCCACUGGGCAGCCUACCUCGGUCACCUGGAGGUGGUGAAGCUGCUGGUGUCUCAGGGCUCAGAUAAGAGCUGCAAGGAUAAGCGAGGCUACACUCCUCUCCAUGCUGCUGCCGCCAGUGGCCACGUCGAUGUGGUCAAGUACCUGUUACGCAGUGGAGCAGAGAUUGAUGAGCCCAAUGCCUUUGGUAACACCGCUUUACAUGUAGCCUGCUACAUGGGGCAGGAGGCCGUAGCUAACGAGCUGGUUAAUCGCGGGGCUAACGUCAACCAACCCAACUAUCGUGGCUAUACCCCACUACACCUGGCUGCUGUGUCCACUAAUGGCGCACUCUGUCUUGAGCUUCUGGUCAACAAUGGGGCUGAUGUCAACAUGCAGAGCAAAGAAGGCAAGAGCCCCCUUCACAUGGCUGCCAUCCAUGGGCGUUUCACACGCUCCCAAAUUCUGAUUCAAAAUGGUGGGGAGAUAGACUGUGUGGACAGAUAUGGCAAUACUCCUCUUCAUGUUGCUGCUAAGUAUGGCCAUGAGCUGCUCAUCAGCACCUUAAUGACAAAUGGUGCUGACACAGCCAGGCAAGGGAUUCAUGGGAUGUUCCCACUGCACCUAGCUGUGCUCUACGGGUUCUCUGACUGUUGUCGCAAGCUACUCUCCUCAGGUCAGCUGUAUAGCAUAGUGCUUUCUAUGAGCAAAGAGCACGUGCUGUCAGCCGGCUUUGACAUCAACACUCCAGAUGACUUUGGGAGAACCUGCUUACACGCUGCUGCCUCUGGAGGAAACACUGAAUGUCUCAACCUGCUCUUGAGCAGUGGUGCUGACAUGAACAAGAAAGACAAGUUUGGAAGGACCCCUUUGCACUAUGCGGCUGCCAAUAGGAGGUAUCAGUGUGUGGUGAUUCUGGUGGGAGCAGGAGCAGAAGUCAAUGAACCUGACCGAUCAGGCUGCACACCUUUACACUACUCAGCUGCUUCCACAGCUUUCUGCAGGUUGGAUAGAGCCCAGCAGAGCCCCGAGGAUGGAGAGAAGGAAUCUUUCAUGUGUGUGGAGUAUUUGCUGGAUAACGGAGCAGACCCGUGCCUGCACAGCUCUAAAGGAUACAGCCCUGUCCACUACGCAGCUGCCCAUGGCAACAAGCAGAGCUUGGAGCUGCUGUUGGUGAUGUCCUUCAAUACAUCAGGAGAUGCAGAGAGCUGUGGACCUGUCAGUCCUUUACAUCUAGUAGCGGAGGCUGGGCACUGGGAAUGUGUGAAUGUGCUGGUUGAAUCGGGGGUGUGUGUUGAUGUCUGUGACACUGUGGGCCGCUCUGUGCUCUAUGUGGCCGCUCAGAAAGGCCAUUCCCGUUGUGUAGAGCUCCUUCUCAGCCAUUCGGCAUCCUGCCUGUUAACUGAACACUGCAGUAAUUGGAAUCCGCUCCACGUUGCAGCUGCCAAUGGCCACACAGACUGUCUGCAGAUGCUCUUGUCCAGCAAGGAAGACCCUGAACUUCCUAAUAUCUCGGACACUGAAGGACAAACUCCUUUAAUGCUGGCUGUACUGGGUGGUCACAUUGACUGUGUGCAUUUGCUUUUGGACCAAGGGGCCUGUCCUAAUAAAAGAGACAGGAGAGGAAGGACGGCCCUGCAAAGAGCGGCACUGCUGGGCUGGGAGGACUGUGUGACUGCUCUGCUGUCCCACAAUGCCUCAAUCCUGAGUAGAGACGCUCAGGGACGCACUCCAGUCCACCUGGCUGCUUCCUGUGGCCACGCUGAGAUUUUGUCCAGCCUGCUGUCUGGUGCUGACCACACCAACCCACAUGAUCAAAUCACUGACCGCCACGGCUUCACACCCGCACACUGGGCAGCCUAUCAUGGUCACGAAGACUGUUUGGAAGUUGUACUUGAACUUAAACCAUGUAGUAUCCAGGAGGGAAAUCCCUUCACCCCACUGCACUGUGCUCUAAUUAAUGGCCAUAGUGGUUCUGCAGAGAUGCUCUUGAACUCAAGUUUUGGCGCAUCACUGGUAAAUGCCAGGGAUGCCAAAGAAAGGACCCCUCUCCAUGCAGCCUCUGUAGCAGAGGACGUUGCUGGGUUGCAGCUUGUCCUAAGGAUGGGGGCUGACAUCAACGCUGUAGACCUCUCGGGCCGUUCUGCACUUAUGGUUGCCGCCGACAAGGGCCGGAGUGGCGCUGUGGCCCUGCUGCUGCACAGAGCCAAAGCGGAUCUGUCUCUACUGGAUGAAAAUAGAAACACUGCCCUGCAUCUGGCCUGCAGCAAGGCUCAUGAGAUGUGUGCCAUGCUGAUUUUGAAAGAGAUCCACAACCCUAUUCUCAUCAAUGCAACCAACAGUAUGCUUCAAAUGCCUCUUCAUAUAGCAGCCAGAAAUGGCCUGGCCACAGUAGUUCAGGCUUUGCUGAGCCGUGGAGCCACAGUGCUGGCAGUGGAUGAAGAGGGUCAUACCCCUGCCCUGGCAUGCGCCCCCAACAAAGCUGUGGCCGACUGCCUCGCUCUUAUCCUCUCAACCAUGAAGCCUUCUUCCUCCACCUCUUCUUCCUCUUCUCCCUCCUCUCCCAGCCUGAACCUGCUCAAACAUUGUGGCAUCACGGCCGCGUGCCCCCCUUUGCCCAACGGAAGCCUUCGCCACACUUACGGCAAGGAUCGGCACGGCGCCACCAUCGGCUUGGACGGCUGCCUGACUGAGUGAGGCGCUCUAAUUCUCGCUUACAGUGUACAACACACAGAAUAAUAGUUCUUUGUGUGUGUGUGGAUGCUCGGUUUGGUCUUCUGUCCUUAGACACCUAGUCAAAAUGAUAUGCAAUUACAGCCACAUAACCCUCCUGCCCCCAUUUAUCACAGCUUUUCUUUACUAUUUAGUAGUGGAUGACCAGGAAAGAAACCAUUUGUUUAAUUUAUUUUGUUUAGUUACUUGUUAAUUCUUGAUUCUCAAGAAUCUGAAAUUCCAAGCCAUCUGUUGUAGAGUUUCUCCAAGAGUGCUAGCUAGUCAUUUUUAAAAUAUUGAUGAUUUAAGCCUAGUUUACUUGGCUAAGGUUAGUAUUAUGCAGCUGUGCAUCUUCUUGGUCACGGUGACAGGCGUGCGGUUUUCAUAUCAUGCUUCCCAUGUCUUGAGAAGCUGUGGCCUUGCAUAGGAAUUUACAGCCUGCCCUGAGGAAGAGUUAAACGGGUUACUCUAAACUAGCAUGAAGGUAUGGGCCAUGUGUUGGGGCCUUUGCACACCAAACGUGAUUUGGGUUUUGAAUGAUUAAUAAAUUUGAGCAUGUGUGUAAGAUACUUGCACACCAAGUGUGACCUGU